AUGAAUUACCCAACAUCUGAUCCGACAGCAUCGUCGUCGUCUUUCUCAGGAGCCAAUCCGUCGUCUGUGUCGUCAUCAUCAUCGUCAGUACAACUCACAUCGGAACAACAACAACCGAUCCGACAAUUAGUGGACAUGCCAGUGGCAAGAGUGAGAAGAAUAAUGAAAAGUGAUGCCGAUGUUAGGACCAUUUCGCAAGAAGCUGUAAUUGUAGUGUCGAAAGCUGCUGAAAAAAUUAUUGAACAUUUAGCUAGGGAAUCUCUCAAGAAUGCAACAAAGGAAAAUCGAAAAACAAUUCAAUAUAGUGACAUGUCAGAUGCUGUGAAAUCAUGUGAUGUUUUUGAUUUUCUUGAAGAUAUCAUACCUGAGAGGAAAAGCUUUGAGUCCAUUCUCGAAAUGGCCAAAAAACAAUAA